UUAGCAAAGAAACUAGAAAAUUCUACUUAUCAAUUUUCUGCCAGUUUCUGACAGUUCCGAGAAAGGCCGAAUUUUCGGAACAACAUACCGCAGAAACGAUUCCGAAAUUAUUGACACCUUCGACACCAUUUGCAAUUUGCUUGCAGCAGUGAGAAAAUUGCGUCUCUGUGAAAGAAAAAUUUUUGUGGAGUUUUGCUUUGUGUGAAAAAUGACUGGUCGCGGAAAAGGAGGUAAAGGAUUGGGAAAAGGAGGUGCCAAGCGUCAUCGCAAGGUGCUUCGUGACAAUAUCCAGGGUAUCACGAAGCCAGCUAUUCGUCGUCUGGCCCGCCGUGGUGGUGUGAAGCGUAUUUCGGGGCUCAUCUAUGAAGAAACCCGAGGUGUUCUUAAGGUGUUCCUUGAGAACGUGAUUCGUGACGCUGUGACUUACACAGAGCACGCAAAACGUAAGACCGUGACUGCUAUGGACGUCGUGUAUGCCCUCAAACGCCAGGGCCGUACUCUCUACGGCUUCGGUGGCUAAACAGUGAUGGCCCCACACAGAAAUUGGCGUCGUUGCGCAAAGCGCCAGCAGCAUUCACUUAACAAUUCCAUCUAUAAUAAUAAUAUUACACUAACUAAACAACAUAAUAUUCUAUUCUCACCAAUUGAAGGAUAUUUUCAUUCUUUUUUGGACAAAAUCUCACGUAUUGGAUUCAAUUAGAAUUUAUUUUUUGUGGCUGUAUUUCGUUUAUUUUUCCACCAAUUUAUUGUAAACAUUUUCAUUGAGAAAAGUAUCAAAUAAAAUUGAUUCAAUGUGAAAA